UCACUAGAAUUUCCGAGUUAAAGAAAAAGAAAAAGAAAAAGAGAAAAGAAAAAGAGAAAGAAAAAGAGAAAGCAGGGAUGUAGCGUGUGUGUCCUUCCAUUUGAAUGAUGAUGAACUGAAAAGAGGGAUGUUCAGCAAUUCAUACUCUGAUAAACAAAUCAACCACUUGUCUUGUCAAUGGUAAAUGGCGGAUGCACGUUCUACAACGUGACCUCUAAUUUGUGCUCCUUUUCCGUCUCAAUCGGUCGGUGAUGGAGAAGACUCUGGAAGGUCUGAGCAAGCGCGCCGCUGUAACUGAGAGAAUGGUGGAUUUUCUGCAAAUACAAUGCUCAGAGAUUGAGUCGAGGAAGCGGAAAUUGGACGCGGCUUGGGACUCGGUGUCGGUGAGGAUGCGUGGCGCCGAUUUUCGCGAAGCAGCGCUGGAUAAACGGGAGCGGGAAUUGGAGGAGAGAGAGAGGAGGUUCUUCAUGUUCGAAGACGCGAAAAUGAGGGAACUGGCCUCUCACGAACAGGAGCUGGAACAUCGUCACGCUGCGGUGGUGAAGCGUGUUCGGUUCCUUGAUAUGGAAAGGGCUGAAGUGGGAGUAGUUAGGCGGCGGGCGGGAGAGAGGUUAGCGAAGAUUGAGGCUGAUAAACAGAGCUUGAUGUUUGAAAGACAAACUUUAGCGGAGGAGGAGGAGAGAUUUGAUGCGAUGAUCGAUGCGUUGAAGGAGAAAGAGUUGUUCAUAGAGGAGAACAUGAGAGGAAUUGCAUUGAAAAAAGAGAAUUUGGAGGAGAAGUGGAAAGAGAUUGGUGAGGAGCAGGCUAGAUUGGCUGAUGAAAAGUCUAGGGACCAAAAACUGUUUAAGCAUUAUUUCAUGGAGAGAAUUGAGGUGGCAGAAAAUAAGCUUGAGCAGGUGAGGUUGAAGAUGGAUGACAAGUUUGGGGAGAUUGAAUGUAGGGACAAUGCGGGUUGGGAAUCAUUGGCGUUGAGUAUAAAAGAAGCUGAUUUGGUUAGGGAAUCGGUGGAGAAAAAGUUGGAGGAGUUGGAGUGGAUGAGAACAGAAUUCAUUUCAUUCCAAGAGGAGAAAGCUAGAGAGUUGGCUUCGAAAGAGCAGCUACUGGAUGCAAUGAGUGAAAAGCUUGUCAAGGAUGCCGAGUUGAUGAAUCAAGAAUUAAUAGAACGAGAGAAGUUGGGGCACUCGCUUUUGGAAAGGCUACAGUUGGCUAAAGAAAAUGUGGAGGGGCUAAAGACAAGUGUUGAGAAUAGAUUCUAUGAAGCUGAUGAGAAAAUGAGGAAGCUGGCUUCAAGAAGUGAAAAGGUCUUUAGGGAUGCCGAGUUAAUGAAUGAAGAGUUGAUAGAACGAGAGAAGUUGGGGCGUCAGCUUCUUGAGAGGUUAUGUUCGGUAAAGGAUUCUGUGGAGGGAUUGAAGGCAGCAGCUGAUCAGAGAUUUAUAGAAGUCUCUUUGAAGGAAACUGAUUUGGAUUCACUUCAAAAUUGGGUUGAGAAGAAAAUGGAUGAGGCUGACUUCAAGAAAAGAGAAGUCGAGGAGCAAGAACGCAGAAUUGCAGAAAAGGAAGGGCGUCUGAUCGCUAAGGAAAAGGAACUUGAAGAUAGACACAAAGUUAGGUUGGAGAAGCUAGAUUCAAGAGAGAAUUCUCUGAAAGAAUUUACGCGUAAUUGCUUCAAGGAACAUCGUGCUAUCAAAAGGGAGUUACGAACUGAGAAAGAUUUGGUUGAGAAACGUGCUAGAGAUCUUGAUGAAAGAGAGCAACGUCUCUACCACACACUAGAGGAGCUUGAAAUCAAGGAAAAACAGAUGAGGUAUAGUUUCAAUGUCCUUGAAUAUAAACACCACCACCCAACUGAUGUCUUCAUUGCCCCCAUUGAGAUCGAACCAGAUGAGUCUGCAGACUUGAAGUUCAUGGUGAGAAUGGAUGGUAAAACCUUGCAGAUGUUUCUAAAUGACAGGGAAAAUGAGUUUGAAUCAAUGGUCGAUGAAAUCUUCAAAGUUCUUCACCUAUCUUCUGAUCCGGCAAAGUUGGUUCUAGAUGCGAUGGCGGGGUUUUACCCUCCACGUUUAAGGGAAGAAGACGUGGAGUACAAUGUUAGGAGAACCUGUAUAAUUCUGUUGGGGCAGCUUCUGAAAUUGUCUCCUACCAUCAAACCUCAUGUUAGGGAAGAAGCAAUAGAACUUGCUACUUCAUGGAAGUCUCAAUUGAAAGCUGCUCCUCAAAUUGCAAAGUCACAGGAGGUUUUAGGAUUCUUGUGCCUGUUGUCUGCAUUUGAUCUAGCCUCCUAUUUUGAUGAAGAUGAUCUUUCUAGUUUCCUGAUGGUAGGUCAGCAUAAAGAAGCACUUGUCUUGGAGUGAAGGUAGUAUUUCUAGCUUAUAAUCUUUCCCCUUUCUGUCACUGCUAAUGUAGUUGUGCUUACUUUCUCUUGGAAGGCUUCCACCUAUCAUUUUCCUUUUGACAAAAUGAAGCCUGUGAAUAUUAGUAUCAAGUAAGUUUCUCUUGCUUGUAAUAUCUAGUUGAUUUGAAGAGGCUAAUUUGGAUAUUGCAGCAAA